CUUGCCUCUCUCUUGACGCUUCUCCUCCCGUUAUUCCUACGACGAGUUCUGCAGGAUCCCAGUCAUAUCGGAAACUUUGUGGUUCUUUUUCUAGCCAGUGCCGUAGCCACGUUGGCGGGACGUGCCAAAGACCAGAUCUGCCGCGUUUUAUCGGUUCGGGCUUCGUCGGUUCUAUCCCUGGCUAUUUUCCAAAAGAGUGUUCGGUUUUCGAACCUGGCGCAUCUGCGGAGUCCCGUGGGGAAGGUCUUGGGCAGCUCCACAACCGAUAUGAUGCUAGUCCGAAACUAUGUGCUCAAGGUCCAUGAUAUUUGGAGUAGUCCGGUGCAAUUGCUCUUGAUUGCGUUCAUGAUCGUUCGCCUGCUUGGCGUGUCUGGAAUUGUGGGUUAUGUGGCAAUGUCAAUCCUUCUAUUCUCUCAGACGCGCGCCAACGCUGCAGUAGGGGUAGCAGUGGAAGACUACCUGCGCAUCGAUGAGGUGCGCAUCAAUCACCUGAACUCCGCCUUCCAGAAGAUCCGCGGGAUCAAAUCAUUGGGAUUGGAGCCCAUGUUUCUCAAGGAGAUACGAUCAGCCCGCGAGAUUCAAUUGGAAGCCCUCUGGCGUCGCCUGCGCGUCGUCUUCUGCUUCUUUAUCUCCAUUAAUCAGAUGAUUCCCGCAGUGACCGCCAUGGUUUCCUUGACCAGCUACUGGUACACUGGCCACGAGUUGGUGCCAGAGGUGGUAUUCCCUGCCUUGACAUUGUUCGAGAUGACAUUUUCUCCAGCCUCCAAAUUCUCCCUCUCAGUCACCCGUCAAUUCUCCAUUCUCCCGUGUGUCCGCCGCAUUCUCCAUAUCCUGCACCAACCGGAACAUCAGCUUGCUGGUCACGAACCCGGGGAAGCUCACCAGUCCAGCGAGGUCACCGCCGGCAAUAUGAUCCAGUUUCAAGAUGCCAAAGUAUCCUACUACGGCAAGGCAGAUGAUAGUUCGAACAGCUUUGUCUUAGGACCCGUCACCAUGGGUAUACCGGCUAAUAAAUUGACCAUCCUUCACGGGGCCAGUGGGAGUGGUAAGUCCACCGUGCUAUCGGCCAUUGGCGGGCAAGCCGAGGUCAUUGAGGGCCAGCUCCUACGCAACUCGGCGACGAUGGCCCUAUGCGCUCAGGAUCCAUGGAUUAUGCUAGGUACGGUGCGUGAUAAUAUCACCUUUCUGCGGCCCUACGAGCCCGUGCGCUAUCGUCAAGUCGUCCGCCAAUGCUGCCUCGAGUCAGACAUUGCCUCGUUUCCGGGCGGCGAUCUCGCAAUCGUUGGGGAGAGUGGCGCCAACCUCAGUGGUGGCCAGAAGGCCAGAAUCUCCCUGGCACGAGCUGUCUACAGCGAGGCAGAUCUCCUGCUGCUGGACGAUUGUCUGGCUGCGGUUGAUCCCCGGGUGGCGCGCAAGCUGUUUCACGAGUGCAUCCGCAAGCUGCCGCAGACCGUCAUUCUAGUUACACAUCAGGCCGAGUUCAUCCCAUACUGCGACCAUGUUGUGUCUUUGGCCAACGGCAUGGUUGCCGAGGUAGGUUGUCCAGACGAGCUACGAAAAAGCCCCCAUGGGGCUAUUGGGUCAAUCCUCAUCGGUGAGACGGGGACUCCUAGCAAGGACCAUUUGGAUGAGAACAUGGUCAUAGAAUCCCCGUCCAAGCCAGAUGCAGCAGAUUCCAAGCAGAUCACCUUGGUGGAGGAGGAACGCGCCCGUGGUAAGGUGGACACUGACUUAUAUCGAUUCUACUUCGAAUGUGCGGGAGGAUCUCGGUUCAUCCUGCUGCUCUCCCUCAUGCUCUCUCUCACUGUUGCUGUUCGAAUCAUCAACAGUUUUUGGUUGCCCUGGUGGAUGGGAAAUGUGCUAUCUGUCUCGACCCACACGUAUCUUACAGGAUAUGCGCUAGUCGUCAUGCUUCAGGCCGUCUUCAUUGCAUCAGUUGGGGUGAUUCUUGUAUUGGGCACAAUGAAGGCUAGCCGGAGUAUCCAUGAGGGCGUCGUCACGCGUCUCUUCCGCGCACCGUUGGACUUCUUCAGCGGACAGCCUCUGGGUCGCGUCUUGAACCGGCUAUCGGUCGAUAUUGAUGGGAUUGAUUUUCGACUCAUCAAUGCGGGCGAUCUACUGCUGAUGGCGGCAACCUCGCUGUUUGCGGCGGUGAUUGUGCUUGUCUGGAGCUCGCCGUAUCUCCUGCUGGCCUUCGGACCGAUAUUCUACUUCCAAUAUCGGAUCCAGUCUCUCUAUCGCGUGUCUGCCCGCGAACUCCGACGCGUUUGUUCUCUCCUGGACUCCCCCGUCCUCUCCGUCAUCACAGAGAGUAUGGCUUCGAUGCCGACGAUACAGGCGUAUGAUGCACGAGAGCUGUUCGAAGAACGCCACCGGGUAGCUCUGAGCCGGGCUAUUGUCGGAAUCACCGUUCGCUAUGCAUUGGAAACAUGGAUCACCCUGCGGAUCGAGAUGCUCUCGGUGGCCCUGCUGGGGUGUGCGGGUUUGCUCGGGGUCUUCGGUGUGCUCGACUCGUUACAGAUGGGGCUGAUCUUCACCCUCAGUAUCUCCAUCUCGAAGCAUAUGCACCAGUUCCUGUGGUCGUGGAUCAACGUCGAGGUCGAGAUGAACUCCACGGAACGACUCCGGCACUAUAUGACGCGGAUCCCCGUGGAGGAUGACCACCGCUCUCCGGAGUCCGAGCAGCCAGAAGACGAGAUCGUCUUCUCCGAUGUCACCGUCCAAUAUCCGCGCAGCCACAGCGCAUCCCUCCGAGGUUUCUCGAUGCGCAUCCGAGCGGGCGAGAAGGUGGGAAUCAUCGGACAUAGUGGCUCGGGGAAAUCGACUAUCCUGGCCGCUUUAUCAGCCCUCGCCCCGGUCGUGCAGGGCCGGAUCAGCAUCCGCGGGACUCCAAUCAACGGCCUCUCCCUCACCACCCUCCGCAGCAUGGUGCACGUCCUCCCGCAAGACUCAGUCCUCUUCCCCGGCUCGGUGCGUCAGAACCUCGAUCCGCAGCUCUCCCACUCUGAUGGCGAGUUACUCCAUGCGCUUGCCGUGACCGAUCCGACACCUCAUCGCACGAAUAGUACCAGCAACCUGCUCGACCUCGUGAUUGCGCCAGGGGGCACCAAUCUCUCGGCGGGACAGGCGCAGCUGAUCUGUUUGGCCCGCGGUCUGUUGGCCAAACCCCGCAUCCUCGUCCUGGACGAGGCAACCUCGAGUGUGGACUUGGAGACGGAGAAUCAUAUUCAGACGGUGUUGCAGGAGCACUUCCACGAGAGUGUCAUUCUGUGUGUGGCGCACCGUCCGACGAGCGUGGCGUGGAUGGAUCGAGUGAUCGUCAUGGCAGACGGCAGGUGUGUC